AUGGCCUCGGCUGCGGUAGUUAUCAUCCCCGGCGGCGGUGAUCCCAAACCUUACACGGGUCCCGCCGGUGUUAGAUCCGAAGACGCCUACUUCCGCGAGUCUGCGCCGAACGAGUUCAGAAACAACUCAGCCAAGCUCAUCAUGACAUCCCUCUCGGUAACUAACAUGUCCUCCUCUCUCGGCCUCCGGCCGUCAGGAGACUCCUUCAUCCGCGGCGCCAUCCAGGCAUGGGGCGAGCACCUGCACCUCGUGAUCCGCCCAGAUGAAAUGCUCUCCCACGCCGAAGAAAUCCGCUCCCUCUUCGUCGACCACCAGGGCCAGGAGGAAAUACUUGUCAAGGACCUUACCUGGUACGACGUGCUCCUCCGCUUCAAAGACGAGAUCCAAGAACGCGUCAAGACCCCCUGGCUGCUAGACUGGAUCACUCCCAACUUCUCUACCACCACCGACUCGGACAUCAUGACGGCCAACAUCAUCAUGAUGGGCCUGACCAAAAAGCCGGAUUCACCUGCCACAGAGCUCUUUUGGAACCAGAUCGUCUCGGGCCAGGUUGGCCACGUCUGCGGCGACCCGCCUAUGUAUGUCUCCGGCUGGAUCACGGGCUUCGUCUACUGGAAUGACGACGGGGCGCCCUUUGCGCGGACGAGUUACCGGAGGUAUGAGAGCGUGCUGAGUUUGGAUGGCGUUGAGUACCCCGUGCUGGACCUGACGUUGGCGCCGGUGGAAUAUGUGCGCGCGCCGUUUGUCAUGCUGGACUGGGAGGGCAUGGACAGGUUCCCGGCCUAUGUGGCGGCGGGAACGCUGGGGAAGCAAAUCACUGAAGGACCGCCGGAGGGGUAUAGGGAGGCGUUAGGGGGGGCGGGAGACGGUGUGGCGCUGGCGGAGGGAGGUAAGGAGAUGCAUGCAACGCUGAGGCCGUUGAGUGGAUGGAUGCUGUACGAGCCCUUGCACCAUAACACGACGUUAACGAAGUGGGGCGCUGAGGACGAGUUAUUGGAUAUAGUGUUCAACGCGAGGAGGUUCAUGACGGGAGAAACUUGCGGUGUGAUGGCCGCUUCUUAGGGUUGAGAACUGUAAGAGGUUUCCGUGAGUGGCAGGGACUAAAGCAUCACAUACACACCCAUAUUGAGCCAUUCAAGG